GUAGUCCAACAGAUAUUAUUUUUUGUCAACAAUUUCAAAAUGCCAAAGGUAAAGAAUAUUCCAAAAUCCCGUUUCCGUACUGAGCCUACGGCAGCCCAAGUAUUCGAGGACAUCAACAACAUCCCUCAGGACGACGCGGGCUGCGUACCCGUUGCUGGUCCAAGCAAUAACCGGUCCAAAAACACUGAUGCAAAGCACCCAACCCGUUACAUCCCGAUCGCAUCGCACUACCGACGAACCAAGGUCACCAAAGUUAGCACCAUUUACCGCAGCGCGGACGGCAAGGAGCAAAAGAUGACGACGGAAACGGUCAAGCAGAGUGCCUCCCGCCUUUUUCAUCAUUCGGAAUAAAUUAUACUCUUAAAAUCA